AUGACAGUCGACACCUCGUCCGAAUCACAGUCGCCCGAUCGGAAGCUCCACGAGGAUGGCGUCUCGACAUGGGACCAUGACUCUCGCAAUCCCUACAAUUGGCCGACGUGGAGGAAAUGGCUUACCAUGUGCAUCUCCUACUGGGUGACCAUUCUGGUCGGGAUCAACGCGACUUCGUUCACCACGCCUGCAGAAGCCCUGUCGGCGGAAUUCAACAUCGACAAUAGCUUUUUCGAGUUCAGUUUCUUUGCCGUAACUUCGUGGAAUUUCACUGCGGCGGUUGUUCCGCUGGCGACGUUGCCGAUGAUGGAAACCUUCGGAUUCCGGAUAGGGUAUACGGGAGCAUUUAUCCUGUUCUUUAUCUUCAUCAUCCCGCAAUGCGUGGCCGAAAACUACGCAACGCUUGUGGUUACUCGUGUCUUUGCGGGUGCUUUUGGCGGCACGGUCCAGAAUGCUGCUGACGGUAUUGCAGCGAAUAUGUUCUUUACGGCACAAGAGCGGAUCCUACCGCUGACGCUUUAUGCGUUUGCAUUAAUGUUUGGGGUUACUAUCGGUCCUGUAUUGGGCGCUUUAGUGGAGCCGCUGGACUGGCGAUGGGUAUUCUGGGUUCAAUUGAUCAUCAAUGGAGCCACGGUUCCUCUUGUCCUUUUCGGUUUGAAAGAAACCCGGGGCACAGUCAUUCGGUCCAAGAUCAUGCCAGACGAGAAAGGAGACAACGACCAGCCUAGCGCUUUCACCACGCUGAAAGAGACUGUUGUUCGAGCAGCAAUGCUCUUGACCACAGAGCCCACCGUUACAUCAUUCACCAUGUGGUCCGCUUUCUCAUUCGGUCUGGUCUUCAUCUCAACCCAAUCAGUCCCCGUCGUCUACGCAGGCGUAUACGACUGGCCCAUCUACAGCGGCGGACUCGUACAAGUUGCCAUCGCGAUUGGCGAAAUCAUCGGAGUCAUCGCCUUUCUUUUCCAAAAUCAAAUCUACAUCCGCAGCGCUCCCCACAACCCCGAGAAACCCGGCGUCCCCAUCCCAGAAAGCAUCCUCCACAUCUCGAUCCCCAGCACCGUCUUCGGCCUCUCAGGCGGCCUCUUCAUGUACGGCUGGAGUACUCUCGGCUCCCACUGGAUCGUUCCUACAAUCGGCCUCACACUGAUCGGUUUCGGAAUCAUGACAAUCGUUAUCUCGGCCAGCGUCUACGUCACGGACUCGUACGCCGGCUACGCAGCUAGCGCGAUUGCAGCGGUGGCUUUCGGCGAGAAUACGUUUGCCGCAUUCUUACCGCUUGCUGCGAAACCGAUGUACAUCCGCUUGGGGUAUCAGUGGGCUAGUUCUUUGCUGGCAUUUGUCGCAUUGGCGUUGGCCUUGGCGCCGACGGUGUUGUUGUGGAAGGGGAGGGCGAUUCGGAGUAAGAGUAGGGCGAUUCAGAGGAUGUCGCUUUGA